AUGGAGGACAGGAGGCCUCAGCUCAUGUCUGACUCCACAGCACUGGGACCAGAGAAAUUCCAGGAAGGGAAAAAGGCUGCCUGUGGACUGGGAGGUAAGAAGCGGCCAGCAGAGCCCCGGGCUGGGAUAGGAGCCACAAGGUCUCAGGCUUUGCAGACAAAUGGAACUCAACCAUUAAGCAAAACAUGGGAACUCAGUUUAUAUGAAUUACAACAAACAUCUCAGGAGGCAAUAACAGAUGACUUGGAGAUUGUGGUUUCUCCCAGAAGUCUACACAGUGAAUUAAUGUGCCCAAUUUGUUUGGAUAUGUUGAAGAACACCAUGACUACAAAGGAGUGUUUGCAUCGUUUUUGUGCAGAUUGUAUAAUCACAGCCCUUAGAAGUGGCAACAAAGAAUGUCCUACUUGUCAGAAAAAGCUAGUUUCCAAAAGAUCACUAAGGCCAGAUACAAACUUUGAUGCACUCAUCAGCAAAAUUUAUCCAAGUCAUGAUGAGUAUGAAGCUCAUCAAGAGAGAGUAUUAGCCAGGAUCAAUAAGCACAAUAGUCAACAGGCACUCAGUCACAGCAUUGAGGAAGGACUGAAGAUACAGGCCAUGAACAGAUUACAGUGAGGCAAGGAACAGCAGAUUGAAAAUGGCAGUGGAACAGAAGAUAAUGGUGACAGUUCACAUUGUAGUAAUGCAUCCACACAUAGAAAUCAGGAAACAGGCCCUAGUAACAAAUGGACCAAAACAUCUGAUGAUUCUGGGCUUGAACUUGAUAAUAACAAUGCAACAGUGGCAAUUGAUCCAGUAAUUUAA